CGCCUACAUGUCGUCGACACGACGCCUUUCUGUGAUGUCAUCAAAUCGCGCCUCACAGAAAGCCCUUUAAGCGAAGAAGAGUUCAACAGCAAUUUGCAAAAAUGUCCCGUCGAUAUGAUUCAAGAACGACCAUCUUCUCACCGGAGGGGCGUCUGUAUCAGGUCGAGUAUGCCAUGGAAGCAAUCGGCCACGCCGGCAGCUGCCUGGGAAUUUUAGCCAAUGACGGAGUGCUGCUGGCCGCUGAGAGGAGGAACAUUCACAAGCUGCUGGAUGAAGUGUUUUUCUCAGAGAAAAUCUACAAGCUGAACGAAGACAUGGCGUGCAGUGUGGCGGGCAUCACAUCCGAUGCCAACGUACUGACCAAUGAGCUGAGGCUCAUCGCACAGAGGUACCUGCUGCAGUACCAGGAGCCAAUCCCCUGCGAGCAGCUGGUCACGGCGUUGUGUGACAUCAAACAGGCCUACACGCAGUUCGGAGGAAAGCGUCCCUUUGGCGUGUCGCUGCUCUACAUGGGCUGGGACAAACACUACGGCUUCCAGCUCUACCAGAGCGACCCCAGCGGAAACUACGGCGGCUGGAAGGCCACGUGCAUCGGAAACAACAGCGCUGCAGCCGUCUCCAUGCUGAAGCAAGACUUCAAGGAGGGAGAGAUGACGCUUUCCACAGCCCUCGCUCUCGCCGUUAAAGUUCUCAAUAACACCAUGGACGUCAGCAAGCUGUCUGCAGAGAAAGUGGAGAUCGCCACUCUGACCCGCGAGAACGGAAAGACCUGCAUCAAAGUGCUGAAGCAGAAGGAAGUCGAGGCGCUGAUCAAGAAGCACGAAGCCGAGGAGGCCAAAGUGGAGAAGGAGAAGAAGGAGAAGGAGCAGAAGGAGAAGGACAAGUAGUCCAUUAGUCCAGUUUGUGUGUGAGAUCCAAUGUCAAUCUUCAGCUAUGUUUGCAUUUGUGUUGUUUCGUAAAAUAAAUCCAGAUGAUGAAUUA